GAGGGAAAGAAUGAGGAAUGAGGGGAAACCCGGCCGGAGGACGUUACUUAGUUAUUCGGCCAGUAGAAAGUACUGUUGCUCCGGGCUCGUGCCCUGCCAUGGAGUCACUGAUAAACCAGACCAGAGUUUAUCACAGCAGCCUGUGUUGACCCAAGAUUCGGUGCAGCAGUACCUUCAGUUCCGCCCAGACCAGUCCGUUCUCAUCUUACACGCCAAGGUGGCACAAAAAUCAUACGGCAACGAGAAACGAUUCUUCUGUCCUCCACCAUGUGUGUACCUCAGUGGGUCAGGAUGGAAACUCAAACAAGAGCAUUUAAAAGGAGACUUUGGCUGUCGGCUGUGUGGGUACAUGGGGCUAGAUAACACUGGAUCUGCACAGAUGGACGCCUUUAAGCUGACCUUUGAAGAACAGCCUGAUACAAAGAAGUUUGCCUGUGCCAAGGCGCUAUACAUUUCAGAUGCAGACAAGAGGAAGCACUUCCGUCUGGUCUUGAAACUGCUCUUCAGCAGUGGGCAGGAAGUUGGUUCCUUCUAUAGCAAGCUGAUCAAAGUGAUUUCCAAGCCAUCACAGAAGAAACAGUCUAUGAAAAAUGCUGACCUGUGUAUUUCAUCAGGAUCAAAAGUAUCGCUGUUUAACCGGCUGCGCUCCCAGACUGUUAGCACUCGCUACUUGGCUGUGGAAGGCGGGGCCUUUGUAGCCAGCGCUAGGCAGUGGUCAGCUUUCACUGUCACUCUUGUUGAUGGACAUCAGACAGACCAUGGCGAGUACUCCCUGCGGGAAGGGUACAUCUGCUAUGGCUGUGUUGUCCAGCUGGUCUGCACUGUCACUGGAGUGGCACUGCCUCCUAUGGUGAUUCGAAAGGUGAACAAGCAACACGCAAUUCUGGAUGUGGACGAGCCAGUAUCCCAGCUUCAUAAAUGUGCGUUCCAGUUUAAGGACAGCAACAAAAUGUACCUGUGUCUCUCCAGUGACAAAAUAAUACAGUUUCAGGCGUCUCCCUGUCCAAAAGAGCCGAGCAGAGAGCUUCUGAACGACGGAUCGUGCUGGACCAUCAUUGGCACCGAGACCGUGGAGUACACCUUCAGCGACAGCCAUGCCUCUCUCCAGGGCUCAGUCACCCCCAUCCCUGUAAUUAGCACUCUGGAGCUAAAUGGAGGUGGACAUGUGGCCAUGCUGGAGAUACAAGGGGAGAAUUUUAGCCCCCAUCUGAAGGUCUGGUUUGGAAAUGUAGAGGCAGAAACCAUGUUCAGGACGCCCAAAUCUAUGCUGUGUGUUGUGCCAGAUGUGUCUGUGUUCAGCGGGGAGUGGAGGUGGCUAAGAUGCCCGAUCACCGUCCCCCUGUCACUGAUUCGCUCAGACGGCCUUAUCUACCGCAGCACCUUCACCUUCACCUACACUCCGGAGCAUAGUCCCCCCUCUCAGCCCAAGGCUGCUCUGCAACGUCCUGCUGAUUCUGACAGUCUCAUAGAUUCCAUCCACCAGGAGUUCACACGCACCAACUUCCAUCUCUUUAUGCAGAGCUAGA